GAAACACUAAUAAUCGGUAACAGUGAAAUUUCCAAAUCAUUUAGGGUGGGAAGGGGAGUAAGACAGGGAGAUUCUCUCUCUCCCUUGUUGUAUAUUCUGGCAUUCGAACCCCUUCUUACACAGCUCAAGAAAAACCUAGGAGGAAUUCCUUUAGCUACUCAACAUUUCAAAUUCGCAGCAUACACCAAUGACUUAUCAAUUAGAAUUGGAUCUCUUACAGACUGGGAAUCAUUAAACAACACAAUUGAGGUCUAUGAGAAAGCAUCUAAUGCAAAA